CUUAUGUUUGUGUUUGUGUUGUCCCUCUCUCUCCUCACUUUCUCUCUCUAAUCUCUCUCUAUUUUAUAUAUAUAUAUGGAGAUGAUGUGUAUAUGGUAAAAAGAGAGAAAGAAGAAAAAAGGAAAAAGGAAAAAUCAGAGCUAGAAAAUGGGGAAGGGAAGGGCUCCAUGCUGUGAUAAGAAUCAAGUGAAGAGAGGCCCAUGGAGCCCUGCUGAGGACUUGAGGCUCAUCACUUUCAUCCAAAAUCAUGGCCAUGAUAACUGGAGAGCUCUCCCUAAACAAGCAGGAUUAUUAAGGUGUGGGAAAAGUUGUCGGCUGAGAUGGAUCAAUUACCUUCGACCUGAUGUGAAGAGAGGAAACUUUACUCAAGAGGAAGAGGACACAAUAAUAAAGUUGCAUAAAACUUGGGGAAACAAGUGGUCUAAAAUUGCAUCACGUUUGUCGGGAAGAACCGACAAUGAGAUAAAGAACGUUUGGAACACACAUUUAAAGAAACGAUUGUCGCAGUCGUCGGAGACCACCAAAGUCAUCGUAUCGGACAGCUCCGGUGACGAAUCCAAAGAAUCGUCGUCUCCGACAACUUCAUCUUCUUCCUCCUCCAGCCAAACUCAAAACUCAGACAAAAACGAACCACCAAAGAAACAGCAACCUGAACAACAAACCAGCUCUUCCAUUUCUUCGGAAUCCUCGAACUCGAACUCAAGUGCUACUCCACCUGACAUAUUUUGGCCCCAAAAUCCAAUGGAAUUGGAUAUGGGAAUUGAGAUCCCAUUGGAGUGCGACAUAGAAUUUUGGAACAUGUUAGAUUUAGACAACAUAGAUCACUUGUUGGAUCAGUCUAACGAGGUAGCUCAUGGCUGUGUAGAAAACAACGGGGAACUCCAAAAUGACAAGUGGUUUAAGUAUUUGGAGAACGAGUUAGGACUCGACCGCCCGCCAGAAGUCGGUACCGAUGAAACAACGGCGACAACAGCGACAACGACGGACGAGAUUAAUUCAGCUCAGAGAUUGUUAGUAGACCCUUGCAUUGCUUAUUUUGCAGAUGGGUUCCCUCAACAACCCUACACCUAAAAAUAAUCAAUAUAAUAUCUUUAAAACUACAUGAGAAAAAAAAUUCAAAAUUUGACUUAGUUUAUUGCUUUGAAUAUUUGGUAGGCUAAAUCAUUCCUAACUUCUUAUUUACUACACACAUCAUGCAUUUAGGGCUUUGAGCUUCAUAUAUAUAAUGUAAUUUUUGCUGAUUACUUGGGCAAAAAUUCAUGUGUAUUGUGAAAUAAGGAAUUUUCCUUUAAAAAAAAAAAAAAAACUUAGGCACCAACAUUUGAAAGCUAGGUAAAUUGAAAUUGAGAGCUGAGUUGAUAGAUAUAUUGAAUCAAGUUUGUCAAAAAAAAAAAAAAA